AUGGCUGUUGACUCCAUAGGGACUGUGAAGAUGUCCCAAAUGCGGAUGCUGACAUGGGUCGUCCUACUGGUGGGGCUGCAGUCCAUUCAAGCAGACUUUCUAAAUGAUUAUGAAGAAAUGGACAUUAUUUCAAACCCUGUGUGGCCAACAACAACAGCAUUUUCCAUGACAAAGGUGCCGGUGACUACAGUUGUACCGAAUCCUGAUCAUCGAUCCACGAUCUGCAGUACAUGGGGAAAUUUUCACUUCAAAACCUUCGAUGGUCAUUUCUUUCAAGUGACAGACACAUGCAACUAUGUUAUGACAGUAAUGUGUGACGUUGUUGUUUCUGAUUUUAACAUCCAAAUGCAAAGAGAGACUGUAAAUGGCUCAAUCACUUUCAACACAGUCACAAUAGUGCUGGAAGGAGCUAUCAUCAAAAUCACUAAUGGCGACAUCACCAUCGGAGAAGAAAUGGUGUCUGUUCCGACUUAUAAGAAUGGAAUUAAAAUCGAGGGAAGUCAAACAAGUGUCAAGAUUUCGAACAAACAUGGAGUGACUAUCUUCUGGGAGGAAGACAACUCUCUAACGAUUGAACUUCCUGAGAAGUACCGAGGGCUGACCUGUGGACUGUGCGGAGACUUUAAUGGCAACAAGGAUGAUGAUAUCACUGUUAGCGGUUUGGCCAAAUGGAAGGUUUCCACACCUCUGACUGAAACCUGUGAGGAUGUUACACUUCCAUCCAGGGAUCAGUGCAACCAGACAAGUGUUUGCCAGCAGUAUCUCAGCAGUACGGGAUUUGCUGACUGUCACAAUGUGAUGGAGAUGAGUUCAUUUGAAAAAGCCUGUGUAGACGACCUGUGUCAGUGUUACGGCAACCACGACUGUCUCUGCAACACGCUCACAGAGAUUUCACGACAGUGCACACAUGCUGGAGGAAAGCCAGAAACAUGGAGGACAGAACAGCUCUGUCCAAAGACGUGCCCUCUGAACUUGCGAUACAUGGAGUGUGGUGGUCCGUGCAGAAGCACCUGCUCAGAUCCAGGUGCAAGUCUAAUGUGUAAAGAACACUGUGUGGAUGGCUGUUUCUGCCCUGCUGGCACCGUGGAAGAUGACAUUGGUCAGACCGGCUGUGUUCCUGUGAACGAGUGCCCUUGUGUGCACGACGGCACAGUAUAUCGAUCAGGAGAGUCUUACAAACAAGCUUGCAAAAAAUGUGAGUGUGCCGCUGGACACUGGACUUGUACGUACCUGGAAUGUCCCGGAAUCUGCUCUAUUGUUGGAGGGUCUCACGUCACCACUUACGAUGGAAAGACCUUCACCUUCAGCGGCAACUGUGACUACGUCUUCACUAAGCACUCUAAUGACAGUGACAUUGCAGUUGUGGGAAAUCUGGCAAAGUGUGAUCCGACCCGAAAAGACACAUGUCUAAAUUCAGUUACCCUUGUCAUCCCGGGGACCACUAUUAGUUUUUCCACCAGUGGAUCUGUAGCAGUGAAUGGAAUCAGUCUAAAUGUGCUUCCUUUCACCACAGGUCCUAUCAGCAUCUUCCAGCCAUCUUCCUCCUUCAUCGUUGCUGAUAUGAAGAGCCUUCGUCUAGAGAUCCAGUUGGCUCCAAUCAUGCAGUUAUAUAUUGUAGCCAGCACUGAAGAAAAAGGGAAAAUGAGUGGUCUGUGUGGGAACUAUAACAAUGUCCAAAAAGAUGACUUUAAAACAGGAUCGGACAUUAUAGAGGGCACACCAACAUCCUUUGUCAACUUUUGGAAACAAAAUUGCCCAGAUAUUGAAAUCACAUUUGACAACCCCUGCAGCUUGAAUAUAGAAACAGAGAAAAUUGCUAAAGACUGGUGUUCCCGUCUCACAAACCCAAAUGGCACCUUUUCUGCAUGUCACUCAGAAAUAAGUCCUGAGAUUUAUUACGACUGGUGUGUCUACGACACUUGCAAGUGUGCAGAUAUUAGGAAGUGUAUGUGUGCGGCCCUGUCCAACUAUGCCCACGCCUGUGCUGCCAGAGGACUUAUUCUUCAGGGUUGGAUGGAUUCAGAACCCUGUGAUACGAUUCAGAAUUGUCCAGGCAACAUGAAGUACUCCUAUGGCGUGACCAGCUGUGGUAGCAGCUGCCGCUCUCUCAGUGAACAAGACAAUAUCUGCCAAGGGUCCUUUACACCUGUAGAUGGCUGCAUCUGUUCUGAGGGAACCUACCUUAAAGGCGAUAGCUGUGUACAUGCUGACCAGUGUCCUUGUUAUUAUGGCAACCAGGUCAUAGAGCCAUCAGCAGUGUUCCACAAAGAUGGUGCUAAAUGCACCUGUAACCUUGGCAAACUGCACUGCUCCAGUCAAGAAGACUGUGUGGCUCCAAUGACAUUCUUCAAAUGUUCAAGUCAUGGAGAAAAGGGAACAGAGUGUCAGAGAACAUGUGAGAAACAAGACCCAAACAACUGCGUGAGCAUGGGGUGUGUAUCAGGAUGUAUGUGUCCAGAUGACCUUCUGGCUGAUGGAAAAGGUGGGUGUGUGACAAGGGAAAACUGUCCAUGUACCCAUAAUGGAGGCACCUAUUCACCUGGCGAACAAGUUCAACAGGACUGUAACACCUGCACAUGCACAAAUGGGAUGUGGACUUGUACUGAAAAGGCGUGCUACGGCACCUGUACCAUCUACGGUGAAGGUCAUUUUAAGACUUUUGAUGGCAGGAGAUAUUCCUUCCACGGAGACUGUGAACACACCAUAGCCCAUGAUUAUUGCAGUACAAACCCCAGUCCCUCCUUCCGCCUGGUCACAGAGAACAUCCCAUGUGCAACCACCAAAGCCAUUUGCUCCAAGGUCAUCAACCUGUUCUUUGGGAGAUACAAGAUGAUUUUAUCUGAGGAGGGAGAUGUGAAAGUUGUUGAAAGCAAUGGCACGGCAUACAGAUAUCAAAUCAGUUCUGCAGGCAUAUAUGUUGUCAUAGAGGUCGAAGGUCUUUUGAAUUUAAUCUGGGAUAAAAAAACAAGUGUAAUGAUCCAGCUCAAUCACAAAUUAAAGGGCAAGGUGUGUGGACUGUGUGGAAACUUUGAUGGUAAUGCGAACAAUGACUUCAUAAAGCACAAUGGAGAAGUGGUGACGGAUCCAGAAGAUUUUGGGAGCAGCUGGAAGAUGGAUCCCAACUGCCCAGAUGUGAUAAACGUGAAGCAUCCUUGUGAAGCAAAUCCACAUCGACGUGCCUGGGCUGUCAAACAAUGCAGAAUCAUCACAAGCCCUGUUUUUACAGACUGCCAUUCGCUUGUGGAUUCUGGCCCAUAUUAUGAUGCUUGUGAAAGGGACACCUGUGCAUGUGACAGUGGGGGUGACUGUGAUUGUCUCUGUACUGCAGUGGCAGCUUACGCUGCUGAAUGCCGUAAAAGAGGAGCUUGUGUGGCAUGGCGAAGACCAGACUUCUGUCCUUUAUUCUGUGACUAUUACAAUGCUCCUGGAGAAUGUGAGUGGCACUAUAAAACUUGUGGAUCAACCUGCAUGAAAACCUGCACAAACCCCUCAGGAAGUUGCUCUGAUCAAAUUCCUCCCCUUGAGGGUUGUUUUCUUCAGUGCCCUUCAGAGAGGCCAUAUCUCAGGGAGGAGACAAUGAAAUGUGUCACAGAGGAAGGAUGUAAAGACUGUUUCUAUGAUGGGAAGGUAUUUCCACGUGGAUCGGUCAUUUACAACACCUCAGAUGGGAAUGGUGUAUGUUUCACUGCUAUUUGUGAUUCAGAUGGGAAAAUAAUAAGAAGCACUGAAUUCUGCAUAUCAACUACAACACCUUUCACUUUCACCACUACACCUGAAACUACAACAACUUCCACCAUCUCAACAUCUACUGUCACACCAACACCUACAACUAUAGUUACGUCAACAUCAACAUCUACAUCAACAGGGACAUCCACAAUCACCUCAACUACUGUAACGACAACAUCAACAGAAACAACUACGUCAACAGAAACACCAUCUACAACUACUGGUACAACAACAACUACAUCAACAGAGACAUCCACAAUCACACCAACUACUGUAACGACAACACCUACAUCAACAGAAACAACUACGUCAACAGUAACACCAUCUACAACUACUGGUACAACAACAUCAACAGAGACAUCCACAAUCACCUCCACUACUGUAACGUCAACACCUACAUCAACAGAAACACCAUCAACAACUAGUACAACUACAGUUACAACAACACCUUACUCUUGUGCUUUUAGAUGCAGUUGGUCGAGCUGGAUUAAUAGCAACACACCCAGCACAGAGCCAGAAGGAUUUGAAACUGAACCCAUUCAUACAUUGUGGGAUACUGGAAAGAUAACCUGUCAGAACCCAGAAAAGAUUGAAUGUAGGGCAGUAGAUUAUCCACAAAAAUCCCUGCAAGAUUUGGGACAAACAGUAUAUUGCAAUACAUCAUUUGGCCUGUCAUGUUCGAAUGAAGACAAUGCAAAUAGCCUGCCACCACAUUGUUAUAAUUAUGAAAUACGGGUAAGAUGUUGUGAAGACACUUGUAUUACCUCUACAACUUCCCCAAGUACAACACCUACAACUAUAGUUACAUCAACAUCUACUGUAACGACCACACCUACAUCAACAGAAACAACAACACCUACAACUGUAACAACAACACCUACGUCAACAGAAACACCAUCUACAACUACUGGUACAACUACAUCAACAGAGACAUCCACAAUCACACCAACUACUGUAACGACAACACCUACAUCAACAGAAACAACUACGUCAACAGUAACACCAUCUACAACUACUGGUACAACAACAUCAACAGAGACAUCCACAAUCACCUCCACUACUGUAACGUCAACACCUACAUCAACAGAAACACCAUCAACAACUAGUACAACUACAGUUACAACAACACCUUACUCCUGUGCUUUUAGAUGCAGUUGGUCGAGCUGGAUUAAUAGCAACACACCCAGCACAGAGCCAGAAGGAUUUGAAACUGAACCCAUUGAUACAUUGUGGGAUACUGGAAAGAUAACCUGUCAGAACCCAGAAAAGAUUGAAUGUAGGGCAGUAGAUUAUCCACAAAAAUCCCUGCAAGAUUUGGGACAAACAGUAUAUUGCAAUACAUCAUUUGGCCUGUCAUGUUCGAAUGAAGACAAUGCAAAUGGCCUGCCACCACAUUGUUAUAAUUAUGAAAUACGGGUAAGAUGUUGUGAAGACACUUGUAUUACCUCUACAACUUCCCCAAGUACAACACCUACAACUAUAGUUACAUCAACAUCUACUGUAACGACCACACCUACAUCAACAGAAACAACAACACCUACAACUGUAACAACAACACCUACGUCAACAGAAACACCAUCUACAACUACUGGUACAACUACAUCAACAGAGACAUCCACAAUCACACCAACUACUGUAACGACAACACCUACAUCAACAGAAACAACAACACCUACAACUGUAACAACAACACCUACGUCAACAGAAACACCAUCUACAACUACUGGUACAACAACAUCAACAGAGACAUCCACAAUCACACCAACUACUGUAACGACAACACCUACAUCAACAGAAACAACUACGUCAACAGUAACACCAUCUACAACUACUGGUACAACAACAUCAACAGAGACAUCCACAAUCACCUCCACUACUGUAACGUCAACACCUACACCUACAUCAACAGAAACACCAUCAACAACUAGUACAACUACAGUUACAACAACACCUUACUCUUGUGCUAUUAGAUGCAGUUGGUCGAACUGGAUUAAUAGCAAUACACCCAGCACAGAGCCAGAAGGAUUUGAAACUGAACCCAUUGAUACAUUGUGGGAUACUGGAAAGAUAACCUGUCAGAACCCAGAAGAGAUUGAAUGUAGGGCAGUAGAUUAUCCACAAAAAUCCCUGCAAGAUUUGGGACAAACAGUAUAUUGCAAUACAUCAUUUGGCCUGUCAUGUUCGAAUGAAGACAAUGCAAAUCGCCUGCCACCACAAUGUUAUAAUUAUGAAAUACGGGUAAGAUGUUGUGAAGACACCUGUAUUACCUCUACAACUUCCCCAAGUACAACACCUACAACUAUAGUUACAUCAACAUCUACUGUAACGACCACACCUACAUCAACAGAAACAACAACACCUACAACUGUAACAACAACACCUACGUCAACAGAAACACCAUCUACAACUACUGGUACAACUACAUCAACAGAGACAUCCACAAUCACACCAACUACUGUAACGACAACACCUACAUCAACAGAAACAACUACGUCAACAGUAACACCAUCUACAACUACUGGUACAACAACAUCAACAGAGACAUCCACAAUCACCUCCACUACUGUAACGUCAACACCUACAUCAACAGAAACACUAUCAACAACUAGUACAACUACAGUUACAACAACACCUUACUCUUGUGCUAUUAGAUGCAGUUGGUCGAACUGGAUUAAUAGCAAUACACCCAGCACAGAGCCAGAAGGAUUUGAAACUGAACCCAUUGAUACAUUGUGGGAUACUGGAAAGAUAACCUGUCAGAACCCAGAAGAGAUUGAAUGUAGGGCAGUAGAUUAUCCACAAAAAUCCCUGCAAGAUUUGGGACAAACAGUAUAUUGCAAUACAUCAUUUGGCCUGUCAUGUUCGAAUGAAGACAAUGCAAAUGGCCUGCCACCACAUUGUUAUAAUUAUGAAAUACGGGUAAGAUGUUGUGAAGACACUUGUAUUACCUCUACAACUUCCCCAAGUACAACACCUACAACUAUAGUUACAUCAACAUCUACUGUAACGACCAUACCUACAUCAACAGAAACAACAACACCUACAACUGUAACAACAACACCUACGUCAACAGAAACACCAUCUACAACUACUGGUACAACUACAUCAACAGAGACAUCCACAAUCACACCAACUACUGUAACGACCACACCUACAUCAACAGAAACAACAACACCUACAACUGUAACAACAACACCUACGUCAACAGAAACACCAUCUACAACUACUGGUACAACUACAUCAACAGAGACAUCCACAAUCACACCAACUACUGUAACGACAACACCUACAUCAACAGAAACAACAACACCUACAACUGUAACGACAACACCUACGUCAACAGAAACACCAUCUACAACUACUGGUACAACAACAUCAACAGAGAAAUCAACAAUCACACCAACUACUGUAACGACAACACCUACAUCAACAGAAACAACAACACCUACAACUGUAACAACAACACCUACGUCAACAGAAACACCAUCUACAACUACUGGUACAACAACAUCAACAGAGACAUCAACAAUCACACCAACUACUGUAACGACAACACCUACAUCAACAGAAACAACAACACCUACAACUGUAACAACAACACCUACGUCAACAGAAACACCAUCUACAACUACUGGUACAACUACAUCAACAGAGACAUCCACAAUCACACCAACUACUGUAACGACAACACCUACAUCAACAGAAACAACUACGUCAACAGUAACACCAUCUACAACUACUGGUACAACAACAUCAACAGAGACAUCCACAAUCACCUCCACUACUGUAACGUCAACACCUACAUCAACAGAAACACUAUCAACAACUAGUACAACUACAGUUACAACAACACCUUACUCUUGUGCUAUUAGAUGCAGUUGGUCGAACUGGAUUAAUAGCAAUACACCCAGCACAGAGCCAGAAGGAUUUGAAACUGAACCCAUUGAUACAUUGUGGGAUACUGGAAAGAUAACCUGUCAGAACCCAGAAGAGAUUGAAUGUAGGGCAGUAGAUUAUCCACAAAAAUCCCUGCAAGAUUUGGGACAAACAGUAUAUUGCAAUACAUCAUUUGGCCUGUCAUGUUCGAAUGAAGACAAUGCAAAUGGCCUGCCACCACGUUGUUAUAAUUAUGAAAUACGGGUAAGAUGUUGUGAAGACACUUGUAUUACCUCUACAACUUCCCCAAGUACAACACCUACAACUAUAGUUACAUCAACAUCUACUGUAACGACCACACCUACAUCAACAGAAACAACAACACCUACAACUGUAACAACAACACCUACGUCAACAGAAACACCAUCUACAACUACUGGUACAACUACAUCAACAGAGACAUCCACAAUCACACCAACUACUGUAACGACAACACCUACAUCAACAGAAACAACAUCACCUAUAACUGUAACAACAACACCUACGUCAACAGAAACACCAUCUACAACUACUGGUACAACAACAUCAACAGAGAAAUCAACAAUCACACCAACUACUGUAACGACAACACCUACAUCAACAGAAACAACAUCACCUACAACUGUAACAACAACACCUACGUCAACAGAAACACCAUCUACAACUACUGGUCCAACAACAUCAACAGAGACAUCCACAAUCACACCAACUACUGUAACAACAACACCUACAUCAACAGAAACAACUACGUCAACACCAUCUACAACUACUGGUACAUCAACAGAGACAUCCACAAUCACCUCCACUACUGUAACGUCAACACCUACAUCAACAGAAACAACAACACCUACAACUGUUACUAUAACACCUACGUCAACAGAAACACCAUCAACGUCAACAGAAACACCAUCUACCACUACUGGUACAACAACAAGUACAUCAACAGAGACGUCCACAAUCACCUCAACUACUGUAACAACAACACCUACAUCAACAGAAACAACAACACCUACAACUGUUACAAUAACACCUACGUCAUCAGAAACACCAUCAACAUCAACAGAAACACCAUCUACCACUACUGGUACAACUACAAAACCUACAACUAUAGUUACAUCAACAGAGACAACCACAGUCACCCCAACUACUGUAACGACAACACCUACAUCAACAGAGACAUCCACUGUCACAACAAGUCCUGAAACAUUGACAUCUAUGUCAACGAAAACCACACCAACUACUGGAACAUCUACACCUACGUCAACUAGAACAAUUACUGCAACAACAACACCCACAUCAAAAACAUCUAAAAGUACCUCCACUAUUACAACAAAGUUUACUGUGGUUACAGGGCCAACUCCCAAAAAAACAUCAAAUGUCUCACCACAACAGACAUGUAACUGCACGUAUUUAAAUGCCACAUACCCAAAAGGGUCAAUAAUCUACAAUAAAACAGAUCAAGCAGGUUGGUGCUUCACUGCCAUAUGUAACUCUUCCUGUGCUGUUGAGAUACAGUCUAAGAUAUGUUCACCAACCCCAACAAAUGACUGCAAACAAUUCAACAGAACGCAUAUGGAAUCCUGGAUUGAAAGCUGCCAAAACAAAACAUGCGUAAAUGGCACUGUCACCUCAAAAUCUCUACAGUGUCCCAAAUCUGAUGAUGUCUAUCCUAAAUGUUCUAAUGGAUUAAAGCCUAAGAAGGUGUAUUAUAACAAUGGCUGCUGUUUCAAAUAUGAGUGUGAAUGUAAAUGCAGUGGCUGGGGUGACCCACAUUACAAAACUUUUGAUGGAACAUACUAUGCUUUCCAAGGAAACUGCACUUAUGUUUUGUUCCAAGAAAUCAUCCCAAAAUACAAUAUCAGUGUCCAUGUCAAAAACUAUUAUUGUGAUAUUAAAAAUAAUCUCGCCUGCCCUGAGUAUGUGGUUGUCAACUACAAAUCAUAUCAAAUCAAGCUGACAAGCAACACUAAAGAGGUCCAGGUCUACGUUAAUGAUGAAGUGAAACAACUAACUUACAAAAAUAAUGACUUCUUCAUCACCACCUCCGGCAUGGCAGUAAUUGUGAACAUCACUGAGAUCAAAGUUGACAUUUAUGUCAAUCAUCAAGGCUUUGAGAUCAAUCUCCCAUUCUCCUAUUUCAGUGGCAACACAGAGGGACAGUGUGGGGUUUGUGACAACAACCGUGCAAAUGAUUGCAGACGUCCUGAUGGACAAAUCGACCAGUCAUGUGUGAACAUGGCAGAGCUUUGGAUGGUCCCCCCAGGAUGCAAAACAACUCCUACUACAAAUCAUACUACAAAUGGUACUACAGUUUCAACUCCAACUCCCUGCAAUACGAAGAUUUGUGAUCUCAUCACGGGCGAUAUGUUUAAGAAAUGCCGUGAGGUCAUUCCUCAUGAAAGUUACUAUGAGGCAUGCAAAUUUGAUGUGUGCCACAUAGGAAACCGCUCUAUUGGUUGUGCCAGUCUGGAGGCGUACGCUAUGCUAUGUGGCAAGGAGGGUAUCUGUGUGGACUGGAGAACAUCAGAUGAACUUACAAAAAUAUGUGAAUACAAGUGUCCCAGUCACAAAGUCUACAAGGCAUGUGGGCCUAAAGUCGAAAAAACCUGCAGUACAAGGUACAAUGAUAUGUUUGUGGAGAAAGGGUGUCAAGGCAGUGACUGUCAUCAAACAUUUAUGGAAGGCUGUUACUGUCCUGAUGAUAAAUAUCUAGUUAGUUCAACGAUAGAUACCUGUACAUCUUAUUGCGAUUGCAUUGGCCCCGAUGGAUUACCUAGACAGCCUGGGGAUAGAUGGACCAUGAACUGUAAUGAAUAUACAUGCUCCAAUGAGACAUUUGGUAUUAAAACUAUGCCUGUCGGGUGUCCGAUUGAAAAGCCCUGUGGAUCAGAACAAAAAAGAAUAAUUGAAAACUGCUGCCCAACCUGCGUGUGUGAUCUUGAGCUGUGUCUUCAGAAGAAAUGUGAUGUGGGAUAUGAGCUGGCAGCCAAUACAGCUGAAGACAGUUGCUGUCCACUCUGUGUUCCCAAAGACGUAUGCGUGUACAAUGACACUGAGUACCAGCCUGGAGUUAAAAUUUUCAAAGAGCCUUGUGUUGAAUGUGACUGUCCAAUGGAUAAAGACCCACAGACUCAACGACAUCUCUUCGCAUGCUCUUCCAUAGCCUGUGCACCUUGCUCUGAUGGCUUUGAGCGUGUCAAACAAGAAGGAGAGUGCUGUGGAACAUGCAAGCAAAGAAGCUGUAUUUAUACUGCGCCAGACAACACCACACAAAUUCUCGAGAUUGGAGAGAAGUACAUUUACAAGUGUGAGACUGUGACCUGUCAACUAGUUAAUGACACGUUCGUGAUUGAGAAGACCAAACCAACCUGUCCUGAGAUCAAUCCAGAUGAAUGUGUGCCUGGAACACUGGGACUCGAUGCAGAUGGGUGUUGCAGUACCUGUGAGCAGAAGAACUGUGUUAGUGUGAAGAACACCACAUACAUUACUGUAAAUGGUUGCAAGUCCACCCAGCCCAUAAACGUGACAUCCUGCAGAGGUCACUGUGACACCGUAUCAAUGUAUUCAUGGGAGGCCAACAGCAUGAUGCACACCUGUUCUUGCUGUCAGGAGAUGAAAACCAGCAUUAAAAAAGUGCAGCUGAAUUGUCCUGGUGACAGAGUGAUCUUUCAUGACUACGUCUACGUAGAGAGCUGUAAAUGCACUCCAAUUACAUGUGAAAACCUGAAAAACAGUGGAUAAAAGAUCCCGUUCAAUGUCUGCUGUACUGCUACAAUUCCAGAUCAGUUGCUGAAAAAAUAUAUUUUGGUGAAAGGCGCCACCAUUCAGGUUUUUGUUCUAUAACUAUUGACUCUCAUGGCAUUUUCAGGGCAUUUUGAACAUUUAGUUUCUUCUUCAGUAAUGCGAAAUAUAAUUCUUUACAUUUCUUUCUUGUUAAAUGGAUGAUGACUAUAAUAAAGCAAAGCAA